CUUGUCAACAUUAUUGUCGUCGCUGCUGCUGCUGGUGCCGCCGCGCAAACCCACUCGCUCCGGGUUCACCAAGCACCGUACAGAUUGCUCAUCUGCACACUCAUUUGGCGCCAACGCUGACGGCUCUCGAUCUCGACGCGACAUCGCCCCCAUCCCUCCCGCACCGGCUCGUUUUUGCACCGCGACGGUUUGGUGGUGCAGCGCAGCAAGACAAGACAACACACGAGCAGAGCACGCCCGCCGUCGCCACUGCGCCCACUCGAUCCCGCCAUUCUCACCACCUGGUCACGCCUCAACGACUGAACCGAAGUGCUAACUCGCAUGGCCGCAUCUCCUAUCACCCGCGUUCGUGUCAAAAUUCGCCCACAAUGGCAAAUCCCAUAGGAGACGAGAGCUGGCUUGCUUACAUCGAGGAGGAAACCCGUCGCGCCUUCGAUCUCGAUGGCCGUGUCAAGGUCACCGAACUCUACAAGACGGCCACGCUCGCCUUACCCAGCAGCUUGAGGAUAUGGCUCGCGUACUGCAAGUAUUUUUGGUCAUUGUUUACCGAGUGCCAGAACCCGAGCUCCACCUGGUCAGCCGAGGAACAGGCUCUUGGUCGCGAGCUCUUCCCUUUCAACUCUGCUCUGAGCCUGUGGAGCGAUGGGUACGAUGCGAUCAAAUACAGGAUGAAUGAUAGCCAUGAGUUCUGGAAUCGCUGGAUCUCCAUCGAGAUGGACCAGCUCGCCCGGUCACGCAACCCCGUCGGCAUCCGUCGCAUCACCCACUUGUUCCGCGACCGCCUUCAGAUCCCACAUGCAACUUGGGACGAGACCUCGCAGAUGUUUUCCAGCUUUCUCAGCACCUACAACAAUGCUGCCUACGAGAGCGAAUUCCAACAGGUGACAGCCAGUGCGAAGGAGGCGAAAGCUGCGUAUGAGUUGAGGGAGCCUUACGAGCUUAAGAUUCUGAGCGCAAUCCGCACGGAUGACGAAGAAACCCACAAGGCCGUUCUGCGCGAGUAUCUAGACUGGGAAAUGGUUCAAAUCAAGAAGACCAAGAACGUCCGUCUCGCAGUCGACCUUUGUUUCGGGCUAUACGGCAGGGCGCUGACGGGCAUCUUCGCUUUCGAUGACGACAUCUGGACCAAUUGUUCAGUGUACAUCUCUACCCUGCCGGGUCGCGCAAACGUCAUACAGGCUCAGCUCACGUUACCCAAUGUCCUGGACGUACUUCAAAGAGCUACUGCGCACUGUCCAUGGUCUGGUCUUUUGUGGUCGCGUUACAUCCUAGCCGCGGAGCGUGCCGGGCUUUCCUUCCAACAGGUCGAGUCCAUCAAGCAUGCUGCCACCAAUACCAAAGCCCUGGACAAAAAUGGCAUGACAGGAGUCCUCGACAUGUAUGCUGCCUGGUGCGGCUAUUUGAAGCGGACUGCGAUGAAUCCUAGUGCACAUGAAGACUCUGCUGACAUUGCAGAGGUGGGCCUUCUUGCCGCCUUGGAGGAUGUGCAGCUUUGGGGGGAACGCCUGUACAAAGACGAGUACAAGGGUGACCCCAACUAUCGACUCGAGCGAAUUCUUACGCAGUUCCUCACCGAGGUCAAAGGCGACGUGGAUGCGGCUCGGGCCACCUGGGAGCGAAUGUCUCAGAAACCAUUACUUGCCGAUAGCUAUGACUUCUGGCUCAACUAUUACCUCUGGGAAAUGGUUGUCUACUCGUCCAUCCCCAAGCCACGAAGCCCGACCCCAGGGACACCAGCAGGAGGAACCAUGCCAAUGAGAGUACCCGGCUUGGCGACUGACAUCUUACGCCGUGCUGUUGAGCGGAGAACAAUAGACUGGCCAGAAAGAGUCAUGGAGGUCUAUUUGCAGCAUUGUAACGACUACGAGCAGCCAGAGACUCUUCAACACGCCCUUGACCGAGUCUAUAAGGCUCGUAAGGGUGUGGCCAAGCGCCGAGAACGUGAGAGCGCGGAGGCAGCAGCCGCUUAUGCAGCACAAGUAGAGGCCGCGCAGCAGCAACAUGACCAACAACAGCCUUAUGCGGAUGCGGCCGAGUCCCAGGAUACCCCCAUGCAAGACUCUCCAGCCAGCGCCAAACGGAAACGAGAAUCGACACCGAGUGAUCACGGCGCCGCGCAGAAGAAGGCACGGGCCAGUGACGAAGCCCUGCAACUCAAAAGAGACCGUGAGAACACCACAAUCCUUGUGAGAAACUUGCCAGCCGAUGCAACCCAGACUGCCAUCAAGAAGUACUUCAGAGACUAUGGACACAUCAAGACUAUCAGCACCAAGAAGGAGAACGGGCCAGAGAGCACAAGUGCCUUGAUUGAGUUCAGCUCUGCUGAAGAAGCAUUGUCAGCGCAACUUCGCGACAACAAGUACUUUGAACAAUCACAGAUCAGAGUUGUGCCGGGAACCGGCCUGACACUUUUCGUGACGAAUUAUCCCCCAACUGCUGACGAGCAAUUCAUGCGUGAGCUAUUCAAGGACUGCGGAGAUAUAUUCAGCAUCCGUUGGCCCUCACUCAAGUUCAAUACGCACAGGCGCUUCUGUUAUGUUUCAUUCAGCGAUCCACAUGCUGCGGAAGCUGCCACACGACUGGAUGGAAAGCUGCUUGAUGGCAAAUUCACACUGCUCUGCAAGUAUUCGGACCCGACACAGAAGAAAGCGCGCGAAGGAGCCGUGGCCGAGGGUCGGGAGGUCAGAGUCAAAAACGUGCAGAUUGCAGCGACAGAGGACGACCUGAAAUCCGUGUUUGGCAAGUACGGCAAGAUAUCGACCGUCCGUAUUCUGAAGAACAUGGCUGGACGGAGUGUCGGGACAGUGUUUGUGGUUUAUGAGUCUGCUCAAGACGCUAAAAACGCCCUGCAGCUUGACAAGACCAAGUUCCGACAACAAAUUUUGGAGGUCGAGCUGAGCAAAGAGACGAACUAUAAACCGUUCGCCACGAGUCGGACGCGAGUAGAAGCCACUUCUUCACCGAGUCCAGCCACUACAGACCUGCCAGAACCCCAGCCGUCCGCAGGCCAUGACCCAACGCCACGAGAACUGCAGGAGCGCACAUUGGCCAUCAUGAAUGUGCCCGACACGGUCAACGAUGCCCGAGUGCGGUCACUGGUAGAGAAACAUGGGGAGAUUGUGAAGCUGGUUCUCAGACCAGACCAUCAAGGCGCAAUUAUCGAGUUUGCCGACGCAACAACGGCAGGGCGCGCGGGCUUGGCCAUUGAUGGAUUGGAGAUUGUCCCUGGAAGGAAGCUGCAGACUGGCACAGUGAGCGACCUCUUGAAGGUGAGGCCGGAACACAAGCCUGAUUCCAACCAGCCAGAGAAUGCCAAGCCUGCAUCUGCUACCAGCGACAAGAAGGCAGCCUUCAUGCAACCUGCACAUCACGUACGCAGACCAGCGUUUGGGAAGCCUGGGCCCAAGCGAGGCCUGGGUUUUGCCAUGGCACAGAAGACGACGCAAACAUCGUCUUCAAGCCCGGCUUCCGGGGACGUCAAGCCGAAGAGCAACGCGGACUUCAAGGCCAUGUUCAUUGGCAGCGUAAGCGAGAAGCAGGUUGAAGUCAAGACUAACGGCCACACCUCAAAUAACGCCUGAGUCAGGAAGGACGACAUACUUAAUAGAGAACCUUUGAUGAGCCAUGCCUCGUCCUUGGCAAAUUGUACUUUAUCAGAUACCCAGAUCCCGAAAUCAAAGGUGGGAGAUAUCAUUCAAAUUGAAUGCAUUUGAGCGAUAGUU